CCGCAGAAGAAGAAGAGGAAGCUCAGUUGCUGCAUGCCCGUAAACGAUGGCGGCCGCCUUGAGAGGAAGCUUGGUAACAUUGGUCAAGGGCCUCAGCAGCCCUCGGUGGCAGCAGCUGGCCUCUCGACCGCUGAGUGUGACUGCUGGUCUCUGUGGCCCAGAGGCCCCACCGGCCCGCGCCGAUGCUACCUUCAAGGUCACGAUGGUGCCGGGGGAUGGAGUGGGACCUGAGCUCAUGACUGCUGUCAAGGACGUGUUUAAGGCAGGAGAUGUUCCAGUUGAAUUCGAGGAGUUUCACCUAAGCGAGGUACAGAAUAUGGCUAGUGAGGAGAAGCUGGAGCAAGUGUUGACCUCUAUGAAGACCAACAAAGUGGCUAUGAAAGGAAAGAUCCACACACCCAUGGAGUUCAAAGGGGAGCUGGCUUCAUAUGAGAUGAGACUGAGGCGUAAACUGGACCUGUUUGCUAAUGUGGUUCAUGUGAACAGCCUGCCAGGGUACAGCACCCGCCAUAACAACCUGGACCUGGUGAUCAUCCGCGAACAGACGGAGGGGGAGUACAGCUCCCUGGAGCACGAGAGCGUGACUGGUGUGAUCGAAUGUUUGAAGAUCAUCACUAGAGAGAAGUCACGCCGUAUCGCAAAGUUCGCCUUCGAUUACGCCACCAAAAAAGGUCGAAACAAGGUCACCGCUGUUCACAAGGCCAACAUCAUGAAAUUAGCUGAUGGCCUGUUUCUCCAAAGCUGUGCGGAGAUUGCAGAACUUUACCCCAAAAUCAAAUAUGAGAACAUAAUCAUUGAUAACUGUUGCAUGCAGCUGGUCCAGAACCCGUACCAGUUUGAUGUGCUGGUGAUGCCCAACCUCUACGGUAACAUUAUUGAUAACCUGGCAGCAGGGCUCGUUGGAGGAGCCGGGGUUGUUCCUGGGGAGAGCUACAGUGCAGAGUACGCUGUGUUUGAGACAGGUGCACGCCAUCCCUUUGCACAAGCUGUUGGAAGGAACAUAGCAAAUCCCACAGCCAUGCUGCUCAGUGCUGCUAACAUGCUCAGGCACCUAAACCUGGAAUAUCACUCUCAAAUGGUGUCAGAUGCUGUCAAGAGGGUCAUCAAACAGGGCAAGGUCCGGACACGAGACCUCGGCGGUUAUUGUACCACUGGCGACUUUGUGCAGGCUGUUGUGGAAAACCUGCGCCACCGACCUGUUCGCUAAGACGUUUUUGUCUUCUCUGUCCUUACUUACAUUUUCUUACAUGUGGACGUUGUUCUUAACAUGAACAGGGCGCAUGUUAAGACUCGCCCUGCCAUCACUCUGCCAAAUGAAAGUGUUUCACAGUUUUGAAAAACCAGAUCUGCUGCAUCCUGACAUGUUUAAGGCCUAUACUAGAUGUUAUGAUCCAUCCAGGGAAUCAACUGGUGCCUUGUGCUUUAGUUAGUCCUCUCCAGAACAUUUCACAUUGUCUUAAUUCACUUUGACUCUACAAUUCUUUGCAUCAUUCCACGUUUUUAGUUUUAUGAGGCUGAUCAACUCGUCAGUCAUUACACUCCUAUUUUCAUUCCCCUGUGCUUGUGUAUUUAUUUAUGUGUUACAGCCAAGUUAGCCAUACAGGUCACCUCUCAGCUACGACACAUUGUCAGAAACUCACCAGAAUGCCUUUAUCAACACUUUACCACCAACUCCCCAAUUUUUGGUUUCUUUUUCUGAUAGUCUAAUAAAUCAAAGUGUGCAUGCCGUUUGCAGUGCUUUAAACUCGACUAAAAGUUACCGAAUGGUGCAGACAAACCCAUCCUAAUGCAAAAAUCAUGUUUCCUGCUCGGAUAUUAAGAACGCUGUUAAUAUUUCAACACCAAGAUCUCUGCUAAAUAAAACUGCCAAAGAAACAUCCACCAGCAAAACCAAAAAUAAAAACUUUCAGAGAAGGGCUCUGAGAACACAUUCUGUGUGUUCUUACUAAAACAUACAAGUUAUAGUAGCUGCUCUACACCAGGGGAAACUAUUGUUACACUAUGGAUUAUGUGUUUAGUUUUAAUCUAAUGACAACAAAUGAACUGGGUGCAGUCAACAUUUUUAUCUUCAGUACGAUGCCGUUUGUCCCGCUGAUGCUGGAGGACGUCAAACAGCUUUAUCUCAUCGCUUCAUUCUUCAUGCUUUUUGUAUCACUCUGCCCCAGUUUCAGAGACUUCACAAGUCAGUUGAUUAUCAUAAUUAAAAUAUGUCGUAAUAUAUUAGUAACUGCACUCUGUUUUGAUCUUUGAUGAAAAUUACAUUUUUCAAAUGUUCAUGAGAAUAUUGUAACUUUUCUUGCGGUGAGUGUUAAAUGAACUCAAUAACUUUUAGUCUUAUUUUGACAGUCAGUGUUGGUCUUUGUAUGAUGUUUCUCUGAUGUUUACUCGUCUUUAGAUAAGAGACAAGUGGGACAAAAGCAGUGCGUUCAAUCAUGCUGUCAACACUAACAGUCUUUUAUGACAUUUAAACUGUAUCUGGUUUGUGGACCUUAUUUGAUUGGUAUCACUCUCCAGAAAUGCUUGAAAUAAAUGAUGGGAAAACAAAGAAGUGAACAUAGUGUAUGAAAUGAAACUGCUUAUUUGUUCCAGUACACGACUGAUCCCACUAUUAGUGUCCUCUCUAAAUGUGGUUUCCAAAGGCUCUCUAACAUGCAGGCCAUCACACUGUAUGUGGACAUGUGUCGCUGCAGCUGUGAGUACAGUGACAAACUGCCUUUAUGUCUGCAACAGGUGCGCACAGGAGACCUCGGGGGCUAUGCCACAAGCGACGAGUUCACCCAAGCCGUCAUCGCUAACCUGCAAGCAUGAGCUCUGUAUGGGCAAAUCUGUCAGCUGCUGCCGAGACGCACACAUGCUUUUUAAUUUACUUCCUGUUAACUGAUUGUAUGCACACAGAAUAUUUCAGCUGCAAUGUUUUCAAACCUCACUGUAGAUCAAUGCACAGCUAGGAUUUCCACAUACUUUGGAUUAUACUUCCAACAUAUCCAUUUAGCAUAAUGUGAUGAGUAAUCAGAAAUUGUGGAUUGAACAUGCAAAGUCUUAUAAUCGGUUGAAAAAUAUUUCAUUCAUUUUCUUCUCUGUGGCAAGAUCUUGUAAUUCCUACUUAAUGGUUUAAUGUCUGGACAUUAACCAGCUGUCAAAUCAUGAUGUAUGUACACUUUCAUAUUAUUUAUUAACUUCCAAUUUCCCUUUUUAUUGUUUCUUCAUUUAUGAUGAGAGAGAAAUAAUAAAUGAGUUAUGACA